AUGGACAACUUGGAGAAACAGCUCAUUUGUCCCAUUUGCCUGGAAAUGUUUACAAAGCCUGUGGUCAUCCUACCCUGCCAACACAACCUCUGCAGAAAAUGUGCUAGUGAUGUUUUCCGGGCUUCAAACCCCUACCUCCCAUCAAGAGGUGGCUCGGUGACGUCCAGUGGCCGCUUCCGAUGUCCGUCCUGCAGGCAUGAAGUGGUUCUGGACAGGCACGGUGUUUACGGGCUGCAGAGGAACCUGCUUGUUGAGAAUAUUAUUGAUAUGUUCAAGCAGGAGUCAAACAGCAGCAAGCCAGUGCCAGACAGAAAGAAAGAAAUGCCUAUGUGUGAUGUCCACGAAGAAGAAAAGCUCAACAUUUACUGUGUGACCCAUAGUGUGCCCACAUGCUCCAUGUGUAAGGUGUUUGGAGCUCAUAAAGACUGUGAGGUAGCACCCAUCAGCAGCAUCUACCAGACAAAGAAGACGGAGCUCAGUGACGGCAUUGCCAUGAUGGUCGGUAACAACGACAGGAUGCAGGGCAUCAUUAGUCAGCUAGAGGAAGUCUGUCGUGCCAUAGAGGAGAAUGGUCGGAAGCAGAAGACUCUGGUGUGUGAGAAGCUCGACCAGCUGUACUCUAUUCUGGAGGAGAAGAAGAGGGUGAUGAGUCAGAAGGUGACGGCUGAACAGGAAGAGAAAGUGAACUAUAUCCGGGGCCUGACCAGAAAAUAUGGAGACCAUCUGGAGGAGAGCUGUAAGAUUGUGGAGAUGGGGAUCCAGACCAUGGAGGAGCCAGAGAUGGCCCUGUUCCUGCAGAACACAAAGCAUCUCCUCAAAAAGAUUUCAGAAGCAUCUAGUACAGCACACUUGGAAAAAGUGGAGCGUGGCUACAUGAAUAUGGAUCAUUACCAGGUCGACUUCAUGAAAGAGAACAAGGCCCUGCGCAGCAUUGACUUCAUUCAAGAUGUGGAAGAUGAGGAUGAUGAAGAUGAGGAUGGAGAAGCGGGUACUGCAGCCGUUGCUGUUUCUGGAAGCAGUGCUGUUACAGCCAUUUGCGUCCAACCCCCUCCCCCCCAGCAGGUUAACUCCCCCCCUGGUGUAGCCGAGAGUGUUGCCUCGACCUAG